AUGUCCAAGGACUACAAUCUUAAGAAGUCCCCCUAUGCAGAAUCAUGCUCCUCAGUCACCACCUUCAGUAAAGAAGAUGACGACAGUAGUGGCACCCUGGAGAGAUAUCUGGUAGCCCGGAAGGGAAUCUGGUUUGCCGGCACCUCUGGUGUUGUAGGAGCGGCGACCACACCUGGCUUUGUCCCUCUCAUCUGCUCUCUUCUCCCAUGGCAGGUCCCAUACACAAAAAUUUCAUCCUUGAACAUUGGUUCUUCAGUGACAAUCAAAGGGACACCUGCCAUGUCUUUCGUCAUGAGCCCAGAACUGCAGGUGGACUUCCACACCGGAACUGAAGAGGAUUCCGACAUCGCCUUCUACUUCCGCGUGUACUUUGGCAACUGUGUGGUGAUGAACAGCCGUCAGUUUGGGGACUGGAAGUCAGAGGAGAGAUACGAUGGUAUGUCUUUUGUGGAUCGCCAACCAUUUGAGCUGUGCAUCUCAGUGCUGCAAAAUGAGUACCAGAUAAAGAUAAAUGGCCGUCAAUGUUACACAUUUUCCCAUCGACUCCCGCCAAAUAGUGUGAAGAUGAUCCAGGUGUGGAGAGAUGUCUCCCUGAGCUCAGUGAGUGUCCAGUAGAGGAGGAUGUGACCAGAAUCCCCGUUGUCAAGGAGAUCCCUCCCCCUAAGUGACCCUGUGAUUCCCAGAGCUGGCUAACAACAGGGGUUCUCACCCUUCCCCCACACUUGGUCAUUAAAACUCCUGAGAACUUAACAAGAUUUGCUUCUUUCUUCUGAGGAAAAAAGA